ACUUGAACAAACUUGAGUAAGAAUCGUGCGCACAAUGUUACGUAGCUUUAUGUAAUCGCUAUCUUUUAUAUAAACGUAAUGUUUAUUUAAAUGAGAGCAUUAUAACGAAUAUGAAUAUAUGUGCUCGUUCUUUUACUCAAAGCAUUUAUUUUAUAAAAUCAGUGCAAUAACUGAGGUCAACAAUGGAAACAAUAUCUAGCCAGAGCACAAUAAACAUUGAUAUACCACAAUUACCUAUAGAUGUAAUUAUACAUAUAAUGUCAUAUCUAUCUAUAUCUGAUAGAAUGGCAGCUGGAUUGGUUAAUCGGAUAUGGCACGAAGCAUCCCUUACUACAAAGUUUAUAGAUCAACAAUUAGUGAUUCUUGGUCCACCACGAAUAGAUAAUUUAAAUGAUGUAUUACAUAUAUUAGAACAUUCUUUUCGACCAUUUUAUAAUUUUAUUUUCAAAGAAGUGGAAUUAAAAAGUACAAUGUCUCUUUGGAGACAAUAUGGACCUUUUAUGAAGAGUCUUCAUCUGUUCUGUUGUGAUUUCAGUGAAAAAACACUAAUUGGGAUUCUUAAGCAUUGCAACAAUUUGAAAACAUUACACAUCAGUUCUUGUCGAGAAUGUUUAAUGUCUGGCAGACUUUUGGAAGAUGACAGCGAUAUAAAAGAACUCUCAGAAAAACUAAAAUUUUUACAUGAACUUAGUCUCACUUAUAAUCGAUAUUUAAGUGAUGCUUUAUUUAAUAAAUUUAUUUCUAUAUGCCCGAAUGUAAAUACACUCAGUCUAAAAGGUUGCGAAAUAUCUUUUCAUUGUGGCUUGUAUAAAAAAUUCUAUCCUAAUAAUAAUGUGAUCACUUAUGCUUCAGAAUCAGUAUUAACAUUUUUAAAUAUUUUGCAGUAUAUUAUUUCUUCUGCAAAACAAUUGAAACAUGUAGACUUCAGUCAUACACUUAUAGAUGGAACUGCUUUAGCAACUCUUUCGAAAUUGGAGAAUCUUAGAUUGGAGACAUUAAAGUUGCAACAUUGUAAUCAAUUAACUAUCAUUGGAAUUAGAACAUUGACAUACCACCAAAUUCAUUUAAAAUUAUUAGAUAUAAGCUUUUGUACUCGAAUAACAGAUGUUAGUCUUGUUGUUAUAUGUAAACAUUUGAAACAAUUAGAAAGUUUAAAUAUAAGAAGAUGCAGGGCAGUCACAGAUAGUGGUAUACAACAAAUACAAUUGCUCAGAAACCUAAGAGAAUUAGACAUUUCAGAAUGUGAACAACUUACCUCCAAAUGUAUCACUGAUGGACUUUGUAAUGAAUUACAAAAUAAUUUACAAUGUAAUAAUAAUGAAAUGGAUAUAAAAGCAGAUAAUAUAGAUUUAAAUGUGCAAGAAGCAGACUGUUCUACAAAAAAUGACAUUAGGAAUGAUAAAAUGUUGAAACUUUCUGUUAAUGCUUUGAAUCUUGAUGAAUCGUGUAUUAGAUGUAUAGUUAAAUGUUUUCCACAUUUAAGGUACCUUGAUGUAGGUUACUGUUUUAUAGCUGUUACAGAUAUAACAAUACAGAAAAUAUUUGAAGAACUUAUAUUUUUACGAACGUUAAAAGUAACUCAUUGUGAUAGAAUAACAGAUGCUGGUUUGAUGGGUAUCGAUACCAGUGAUAACAUAGAUAUACAAUCUCUUCAACUUAAUGUUACUGAUAAGCAACCAGAAUCAUUAUUGCGAAUCAGUUUACGUUCAAGAGCAGAAGAAGAAAUAGUAUGUGAUGCUAAUAGAACAUGUUAUAUUAAAAAUUUAUGGAAGAAUAUUUCAACUUCGUCACCUGUAACAAUACCUACAUUUAGUUUGACACGUUUAAAAGGUCUUAGAGAAUUAGAUCUCUCAGGUUGCAGUAGGAUAACUGAUGUCAGUUUGACACAUAAUUUUGCUUUUAUAGAAUUGAGGAUAUUAAGUCUAAGAAAAUGUUGCCAGAUAACACAUGUGGGAUUAGAAUAUCUAGCAAAAAAUAAUUCUGCUAUUGAAGAGUUAGAUUUAACACAAUGUUAUAAUAUAUCAGAUUUGGGCGUCUCAUAUCUUGCUAUAUAUUUACAUAGAUUAAAACGCCUUCAUCUUCAGGGUUGUAUACAAUUAACAAAUCAAAGUUUAGAAUAUAUACAAGAAAAUUGUAAAAGUCUUCAAUAUUUAGAUAUACGACAUUGUAAAAAAAUAACAACUUUUGAAAUACGCAAUUUGCCUUUUUUGCACAUGGAAUAUACACAGCCAACAGAAAACAAUUUAUUGUUGGAUAAUAAUGUGCAUGCACCAAUACCAAUACCACCAUCUAUAUAUAAAUAAAAUUAUUUUUUUAUUAAAAAUUUUAUACUUGAUAUUAUUAAUAACGUGUGUAUAUAUAUAAAUAAAUAUUAUAUAUAUUAUAUAUAUAUACACACACACACACAUAUAUAUAUAUUCUAUACAUUUAUAAUUAAGAAACUGAGAUUAAUAUUGUUUAAAUUCAUUUUAUGUAUAUUUAGUUAUUAGUUAAAUAACUAAUCUAGACAGGUAUACAAAAAUUUUUAAUAAAGUGUUUAUAGUGUUGGAUUUAUGUAUAUAGUCUAGUAAAAGUUAUGUAAAAAUUGAACACGGACGGAGAUGCAAAAAGAAACGGUACUUAUUUUUUGUUAACUCGCCUUUACCAUUACUUAAAAAACUAUGAAGGAGAAAAUACAUCGAUAACGAAAUAUUGUACACAAACGACAAAUGUACAUAUAUAUGUCUGCAUGAUUGUAAUAAGCAGAGAAAGAAUUUAAAAAUGGUACGACGAAAAAAUAUAUAGUUUCUAUAAAGAGGA